AUGCCGCCUCCAGCCCGCAACGAUCAAGACCUCAUCCUGGGACUCGACGACGUGGAUCUGACUGGUUCUGGUUCGCCGCCGCGCGGGGUUGAUGGGGGAAGGGACGAUGAGGGGGGGUCCGCUCCGGCGGUUGUGGGAAAGAAGGGGAAGAAGGACUCAAAGAAGAAGGGUGUGAAGAAGGAGAAGGGGAGAAAGGUGGCUAGGAGUCCGGCGAGGGUGGUGGAGGAGGGGCAGGAGGGCGUGGUAGAUGCAGUGCCGGAUGCAGAGGGCGUGAUAUUGGGGGAGGAGGCUGCUGGGCGAGAUCUUGGAUUCGAGGAUGGAGGGGAGGCUGUGGGAGUGGAGGGUAUGAUGUUCCAGCCGACGAUGGACUUUGGGACGGAAGGCCUGGAUGGGGAUGAGUUUGGGAGCGCAAAUGGUGCAUACGGGAGGAGAAAAUCAAAGACCAAUACAGCACGGCAACCAGAAAAUGACUACGAAGGUGAUGGAUGGGAUACAGAGCUCACAAACGGCUUCCAAGAGCAGGAAAGGGCAGAAUCUCCAGACAGGAGGAAAGCGGAUGAGUUUGUGCAACCGGCACGAAAGAGCAAACCAGCACCAGCAGAAUCUGCGGUGUCACCUCGCCCAUCUCCACGUCCUGCGCCAGCGAGACCAGUGGUGGGCUCAGUUUCGCCUGCACUUCGGCACGCCACGCCAUAUGGUCAAGCUGAACCGCCCGCAGGGGCGAACGGCUACCGCAGGCAAAGCGUCACGAGGAGGGAGUCGUAUACAUCUCGAGCAUCGCCAAGCCAGCGGUACGUCGAGCCAGUUGCUCGAACCUCUCCUAGCCAACGCUACGUCGAACCAGCAACUCGGGUCUCUCCAAACCAGCGCUUCGUCGAACCAGUAGCGCCACCACACAUGCCACAGCCGCACUUCUAUGGGUUGCCGGACUUUGGGCUUAACAUGGCAUCGAAGAAGGAACAGGCGGCGACAGCUGCGGGGUCAGAUGGUUACUGUUGCUGCUUUGACACGUUCGCGGACAGUGGCGAUUCGACUUCGUCAACGCGAGCCAAGACUGCGCUGCUCGUAGGCUCUGAAGGAGGUCUGGAAGUCUUCCGAGUGCUGCCGAACAAGUUCGAAGUCAUAGGACGAUUGGAGGGCUUACGUGGGAGUGUUGUUGGAGCGAAGAUCUUACCUCAGACAUGCUUGGAAGAUCCGAUGGAGAGCAUACGUCCUUUGGUGGCGGUAGUUGUUCAUGGAGCGACUGAUGGCGGCAACGGUCAUUCUGCGUCCGGUGACCGACGUGCAGCCUCCGCAGCUGCGGCACGUUACCAGACGACCGUAGAAGUCUAUUCUUUGCAGACCCAGGAGCACGUUGCCACGCUAUACAGGAGUCAUACAGUGGCGGCUGAGCAACCUACUGUUGGCCAUUUAUCGACCACACCUGGCCCGGUUGGAGAUUUGAGGAUAUCAGCAUAUGGCAAGUUCGUCACCAUAGCUUCGGGCAAAAGCGGCGAAGUGUUCGUCUUUUCGCAUGUGUCGAACGAUGCAAAUCAACCCCCAGGCUUCAGGUGUAUUGGCAAGUUCUGGACUUCUUUGCAAAGUUCGCUUGACAGGCCUGCUUCGCGACCAGCGACUGCAGACGGCGCUGAGACUACCGAGGACGGCGAUCGCAAACCUGGUGUACCACUCCUCAGCCUCAGCCAGCGAUGGCUAGCUAUAGUACCGCCAGCAACGGCAUCACAGGUCUCCAUCCAAGGCACACCACUGGUUCUAGAUCUCAACCCAGCGCCCCCAGGUCUCGCAAGCCAUGGUGCGCCUCCGCAGCCGUCUAUCACCUGUGACACAGCUGGGGUUGACGCAGAGGGCACGUGGAGCCGUCUCUCGCGCCAAGCCGCGCAAGGCGUGGUCAGGUACUCUCAGAAAGGCCUUGAGAUAGGAUGGCAAGGCUGGAAUGAGCUGGUGAAUCCUACAAACCAAACUGCGCAACAUGGCCGUACAGCGAGCAGAGAAGACCAUUUCCCGCCGACUAAAGCUCCGCCUGAUGAUCCGAGACGGCAGACUAGAGAGCCGGCGGUGGUGUCAAUCAUCGAUCUUGAGACCUUGCUGGAAGCGGAGGAGCUGAAGUUGAAGUAUCCACCGGCUCCCAUGGCCACGUUCGCACUAGAAGAAGGCUGCAACCACCUCUCCAUUUCUUCCAACGGCCUUCGCUUGCUCACCGUCAACCGCACUGGCGAGGCUUCGGCAAUAUGGGAUCUAAAACAAGCAAGGCACGGCACGGUCGAUUACGCGGCGCCCGAGAAGGAUGAUGGAGCCAUCUGUAGUCCCUGCGUCAAGCAGAUCAUCCGCAUACCCCGAAGUAGCCAGUCCGUGGUUGUUGAGAGCGCGUGGUCUCGCGACGACGAGUACCUCGCCAUGCUCACCACACAUGGGACCGUGCAUCUACACGAGGUUCCUGCAACAGCACCCUCGCGAAAGCGAAAGCGGAAAAGCACAAUCACCAACCCAGCACCGGAAAAGGCACAAGCUACCGUCAGUGUCUCACAAGGAAUGUCACCACCCAGCAAUCCUGGCUUUCUCGGCAGUUUGAGAUCCGGAUUCCAUCAGGUUCGCACUCAAGCCGGCACCAUCCGAGCAAAUAACCCUGUUUCACUCGGUAUGCCGACACUCGCCGGGCUUCGCGAGACGGCUGCGAGCACUGGACACGCUGGCGGUCGCUUUCUGGCGAAGGGUUUGAGUCAGGGUUUGAGUGCUGCUAAGAGUGGAGCGAACGAGUAUUGGCACUCCGAGGACAACAAGAUACGGCAUAAAGCUUUGCAAGGUGCAUCUUCUGACGCUUCGCUGAGAUGGGUGAAGCGACAGAGUGGGACGCUGUUGGCUGUUGCCGCUGGUGGGACGGUGCAUUUGCAUCCCAUUUCUCAAACGGAGUAUAGGAGAGGAGAUAAGUUAGUCACCGGGCUCAAGCACGACAAGCACCAAAAAAAGCACUUCGAGCUCCCACCUAUCCGUGCCGGCAAGGACUCUUCACAGGCCAGAAGGGCGGACGAUUGCACCGCCGCCGGCCCGCACGGUUUCUGGAGUCUUCGACCGGCUUCACCACCUCCUCUCCCUCAGCAGAACACCUAUAAGCCGUCACAGCCACUCCAACAAUCCGGAUCCCAAGCCAACGAAGUCGAAACCAACCCCCCUUACUGCCCAUUCCACGUCGACUCCCGCGUCUCAAUCUUCGCCUUCGACGACAGCAGCCCAGGAAGCCAAAUCAACCUCCGCGCCCGCAACAAGCCUCGAAGCACCUUCUUCACGCAAGGCCAAGCAGGCGACAGCAACGACCGCUGGAUCUUCGGCGGCCCCCUCCCCGCAAGCACAAAACUCAACACCCACGACGCCUUACCGCUCGACGAGUUCGCGGCUUUCGGGCUCGACGACGCAGAUCUGGAGGCCGUGGCGGAGCAGGUGGAGAGUCGGCUUACGGCGAAGUGGUCUUAUUUGGGCGGUAGCGACCAUGCCAAUGCCAACAAUGGUUUGAAGAAGUAA